AUGGUUGAAUCACACAAGAAGCGGCGUCUUUCAGACGCUGAGACACCUGAAAUUAAAGUCGAAGCCACUACACCUGCCACCGAGGCCUCAGCAGCGCCUCAGAACAACAGAACCCUUUUCGUCCGUUCACUACCCACCUCGGCCACAACAGAGAGCCUAGCAGAAUAUUUCUCGCAGUCCUACAUUAUCAAGCAUGCUGUUGUUGUCUGUGAUAAGGUGACCAAGGCAUCCAAGGGAUUCGGUUUCGUUACAUUCGCCGAUGUCGAGGAUGCGGAGAGCGCUUUGAAGGAACUCAAUGGAUCUAAAUUUGACGGAAAAAUCAUUCGCGUUGACUAUGCCGAGUCUCGUAAGCGUGAGAUUGAUGAGAAGAUUGGACGCAGUGUCCCCACCGCUGCUUCUCUGGAGUCAAAGAAAAAGAAGGAAGAGGAGAGAGGACAAGGCCUUCCCCCCAAGCUGAUUGUUCGCAAUCUUCCUUGGAGUAUCAAGGAGCCCGAGGAUCUGUCUGUUCUGUUCCGCAGUUUUGGAAAGGUCAAGUUCGUUACUCUUCCCAAGAAGAACGGCAAACUUUCCGGCUUUGGUUUCGUUACCCUACGAGGCAGAAAGAAUGCCGAGAAGGCUCUCCAGAUGGUCAACGGAAAAGAGAUCGAUGGACGUCAAUUGGCUGUCGAUUGGGCUGUCGAAAAGGAUGUUUGGGAGACCACUAAGAAGGAGGACGAGGAUGAGGAGGAGGAAGUAAAGGAGGAAGAGAAGGAGACUGGUGACGUCGAGAUGGAGGACGCCGAGGGUGUUUUGGAAGAGCCCUCGGAUGACGAGACCUCCUCCGACGAAGACGAAGACGAAGAUGAUGAUUUGGACGAGCUGGACGAGCUGGACGACGAUGAGGAAGAUAAGGAGGAUGACCGCAACGCCACUACAAUCUUCCUUCGCAAUCUCCCCUUCACUGCCACAGACGAGACCCUAUACGACCACUUCAAAACCAACUUCGGACCCCUACGAUACGCACGUGUCGUUCUGGACUACGAGACCGAGCGCCCCCGAGGCACUGGAUUCGUAUGCUUCUGGAAGCCUGAAGACGCCAACACAUGCGUUCGCGAAGCCCCCAAAGGAGCCGAUGUCAUGGCCCCGAAUAAGGACAAGCCCAAGUCCAACACCGCCAUGAAGCACUCUGUUCUCCAAGACGAGAACACCGAUCCCACCGGCCGCUACACUCUCGAAGGCCGAGUCCUACAAGUCGCCCGUGCUGUGAGCAAGGGUCAAGCCGCGAAGCUGGAAGAGGAGGGAGUGUCACGCCGUAUGGUCCGCGACACUGAUAAGCGCCGCCUGUACCUCCUCAACGAGGGUACGAUCCCCUCCAACUCCCCGCUGUACAAGAAGCUCUCUCCCUCCGAAGUCAAGAUGCGCGAGGACAGCUACAAGCAGCGUGAAACCUUCAUCAAGAAGAACCCCGCUCUCCACGUCAGUCUCACCCGUCUCGCCAUCCGUAACCUCCCCCGUCACAUCAGCUCCAAGGACUUGAAGCAACUUGCCCCCCUCUCAAAAGAGGAGCAGCAGCGCUCCCGCGAUACAAUGAAGGAGCUUGAGCAGCUGCGCAAGCAGAAGAAGAUGGGUAUCGUCCGCCAGGCGAAGGUCGUCUUCGAGACUCGCGAAGGUACCAAGGUCUCCGAGAAGACUGGUGGUGGUCGCAGUCGUGGAUAUGGAUUCAUCGAGUUUUUCACUCACCGUCACGCUCUCAUGAGUUUGCGCUGGCUCAAUUGCCAUUCCAUGCCGGUUCCUCCUUCUGUUCAAAGUCCAGAGGAUAAGGACAAGAAGAAGAGUCUGGUUGUUGAGUUUGCCAUUGAGAACGCUCAGGUCGUCAAGCGCCGUAAUGAGCUGCAGGCCAAAUCCCGCGAGCCCCGGCCUAAGCGUUCAGACGACGCAGAGGACGGAGACAAGCACGGUCAGAAGAGAAAGCGCUCUGAUGGCCGUGAUGGCCGUGGUGGAAAAGGAAGAGAUGACAGAGACGGAAAGGACGCGAAGCGUGGGAAGACCGGAAAGAGUCCCAAGGAUGAGAAGGAGGAUCAAGAAGAGGACAAGGCCGCGAAGCGCAACCGCAUCAUCGGCCAGAAGCGCAUGAAGCGCAAAGCCCGCAAGGGAAAUUAA